AUGAUAAGGAAGCCAGCGACCCUCUUCUCUGCUUCUCUUGCGCUUUUGACGUUCCAAUGUUUUAGGGUUCUCUGUGUCGCCCAGGACUUCGAUUUCUUCUACUUUGUCCAACAGUGGCCCGGAGCCUAUUGUGACUCGAGGCAGAGAUGCUUCUACCCAAAGACAGGCAAACCCACAGCCGAUUUCGGGAUCCAUGGUCUCUGGCCUAACUACAAGAACGGCGCCUACCCUUCCAACUGCGACCGUGACAGCGUCUUCCACGAAUCACAGGUUGGUUGGAAUUAA